AUGGUUCCAUCGCUCGGUCUUCCUGUACUAUCGCUUGCUGUCACAAAUAUCCAUAAACUCGACGAAAUAACCGAUGAAAACAUAUCUUCCAUGUGGAGUGUGUUUUCUAAGUGUAAAGACAAUCUAGAGAAUGGCCGACGUUUAGAAAAUCUUAGCUGGCGAUUAUGGUUUCGUGAAUCAGUGAUGGCAGAUGGAAAAGGAGCAAGAGAAAAAACAGACACAGCCACUACUUUGACACUGUCAAUGACAACAGCCGAACAUGUACGCACACCCAUCCCAAUUUGUCCUACCAGUGCCACCAUCACUACCACCAGCAGCUCCCUUCAGCAAGACGAGAAAACCCAGCACUAUUUCGAGCCAACAUCCUCUGCAGGAUCUUCCAUGAAAGACUCGGCCAUCAGCGGCUGUGGCAGGUCCGCCAAACGAUUGUCGGUCUCAUCGUUUAAGCGUAUGGUCUCAUCUCUGGAGUACGACCAUCCUGUCGAAGAAGCUAGACGAGCAUACGAAGAGCAGUCGUCGGCAAGUAAGCCGACAGCGGAAGCAGCUCGGUUGUCGAAAGCAGCAGCAGCAGCAGCGGACCAUGCAGAACCAACCAAAAUUCGUGAGCAAGACAAGGCAGUAGCACCAGUAGCAGUGGCACAUGACUUAGCAUCACAACCACGGAGUAAAAAUAGUAGCAAAUUUUAUGUCAAGGAGAAGAAUGUAGUAUCACAAAUGAUUGGCAAUCAUGACGAAAACUUAUUGGACGACGACGGAGACGAAGACGAUACAUGCAGCGAAUGGUCUGCUCAGGAUGAUGAGACGGUGUUUGCAGACGACGACGACGAAAAUGGGGACCGUAGCAUUGCUCCUACAAAUAGCACCAAUUGGGAAUUUCAAAAACAGGUGCCGAAAAACGACGAUCUUCCGAAAACGUCACUGUUAUCUGUCAUGCUGAAAAAAUACGACCAAGGAUCUUCAUCAAAACAGAAACUCAACGAAAGUAAAAACCAUCACCAUUACUUCCAGCAACAGCUUGCACAAGGUUCACAGCGAGCUAUCGCGCGGUCAUCCCAUACAAGACCAAUACAUCAACAUAACCAUUACAAUCAUAGAAAACCAGCUGUACCAGUAGGCAUCAGUCGCGCAGGACGCAUACAUAAUGCCAAAACUGGUAACGAAUGCAGCGAUUUAUCGGAAAGUCUACAAUUUUGCGUCGACUGGGAACGCCGUCAAAAUGUGUCACCACCGAUUGCAAUACUGCAACAGCAACAUCAACGCCGGCUGUCGGCAUGCGUUUCAACUAGCCGAGCAACAGCAAUUUGUACUACUACUACUACUAUUAAUACGACAACGACAGCAACGGCCUUAACUUCUUGUUUCGACUCCUUUCGAGGAUGGUAG